AUAGAAAGAAAAGAGAGAAAGCAUGGAGAUUUUGAAUGUAAUAACAGCGGCUCUAACAUUCCUAGCACUAGUGCCAAAGAUGGAGAGCCAUAAAGAGCCCUCAUCAGUUGUUCCUAUUCCAACAACCCCUCGUCCACUUUGUGCAUCACAAUUUGCCCUAGUGAACUAUGCAUGUUCGAGGCUUCCAUUCAGACAUGGAGUACCACCUGAUUCUCAAUCACCUCCGCCACCCCCUGAUGAUGAGGAGGGUCACAAUGACAACAACAAGGACGACAACCACAAUCACAGUCACAAGCACAGGCAUGGACACAAACACAGGCACCACCAAACCCCUGAUGAAGAUAACUGUUGCAGGUGGGCCAAGGAAGUGGACAACCAAUGUGUGUGUGAACUUCUAGCGCGCUUGCCACCUUUUCUCAUCAGACCCUUGCAUCAGUACACGCUCGACAUUGGAGAAUCAUGUCAUAUCACUUACUCAUGUGGUUCGCCAAUAUGAUCCAUUCACUGCCACACUUGCAUUUUGAGUCAUCAAAGUUAAUCACUCCAAUCUUGUGCUUAGUUUUAAGGAUUAACAUUAUGUUUCUCGUUUCUCGCUUCUAGUCUUGUUAUUUAGCUGCUGUUUGCACCCUGAGCCAUCAUUACUAUGGCUUGGUUAAUUACUAUUUGUAUAACCACAUUUAUUUCGUGAAUUAUAUAUCAAAUUAUA